AUGGUUUUGGGUAGAGUGCCAAAAAAUACUAGAUUGGAAACUUUGAUUGGUUUCAAGGUAAAAGUCACUACCAAUAAUACAUCAACUUUUAUUGGCUCAUUGAAGUCUUAUGAUAAGUUUAUGAACCUAGUGUUGACAGAAUGUGAAGAAUUUCGCCUGACUAAGAAAUCUAAAAAAUAUUUAGGCCAAACAAAAAAUGAAGAGGUCGAUGAAGGCAAGAUCAGGGAGCAAAAACGGUUCCUUGGGCUUGUUCUAGUUAGAGGUGAAAAUGUUGUAAGCGUUGUUGCAGAGGCUGCACCAAAUAGCAAAAGCUUGAAACCUCAGUUGAGGAUAAAAAAAGGCAAGGUCUCAAUUAAUCCGUUGAAGAGAAAAAUUGCCUGUGAGGAAGGUGACAAUAAAACAAAUUCUGGAGUGAAAAAGCCUACUACAAGGAAAUAG